AUGACUGCCUCAAUCGACUCGGAGACACUGAAGCAAUACCUAGCCGACGACCCGCCUUCCGUAGUCAAUCUCGCCAUCAAACCCCACUUCGAAGCUCUCAGCGACAAAGAGAAGCUCUACGCUCACCAUCUCUCCCUAGCUUGCUUUGCAGGAUCCCGCAUCGUUCUUCGCCAGGUGUCCCCCGAAUCCGAACCCAUCUACGACUUCAUCGUCGCAUUACACAAGCACGUCGAGGGCGACUACGCCAAGGCCGCGGAUGAUGCCAGCCUUUCCAAAGCAGCCGUUGAUGCAUACCUCAACUAUGCCGCUCAGUUCUUGGGCAACAUGGGCAAUUACAAGUCGUUCGGCGACUCGAAGUUCGUGCCGCGCAUCGAACCGAGCGAGCUGAAGGCCCUGGCCAAGCUGUCCCCGACGACACAGAAGCUAUACGAACAGUUCGAGAACGCUAUAUACGCCGGGGAAGACAUCGCGAAGUUGCACCUGGGCUACCCAAGCGCGGGCCACGUGUCUACCUACUACCCCGACAGCCCCGGCAUUACGAAGGAGGACAUUUCGGGCGUGAGUGACUUCCUAGAAGGCAAGCGAUUAUUGCCAGAGAAUACGCGAAUUCGCCAGACCAAAGAGGGCUUCGAGAUCCUCAUCGCAAGCGCUCAGAAAGACCCGGCGGCGGCGGACCGCGAUCUCGAUGAGAGCGAAUGGACACUGCCCAGCGGCAAGAAAGUCAAGCUGGUUUUUGGCGACCAUGCUAAGGAGAUGGAGACUAUUGCGCAUCAUAUCGCCGAGGCGAAGAAGUAUGCUGCGAAUGACACGGAGGUCAAGAUGACCGAGGAAUACGUAAAGAGCUUUACUACUGGUUCUUUGGAAGCCUACAAGGAGUCUCAGCGACAGUGGAUCAAGGACAAGGGCCCAGCGGUCGAGAGUGAUAUUGGGUUCGUGGAGACCUACCGCGACCCGCAUGGCAUUCGAGGAGAAUGGGAAGGCUUCGUCGCAACGGUCAACAAGGAGCGGACAGAGGCAUUCAGCAAGCUAGUGAGCGCUGCGCCUAAGCUAAUUCCAUUGCUGCCGUGGAAGGCGGAAUUCGAGAAGGACACCUUCUUGAGCCCUGACUUUACCUCACUUGAGGUGCUUACGUUUGCCGGUAGUGGUAUCCCUGCCGGUAUCAACAUCCCGAACUACGACGACAUUCGCCAGAACAUCGGCUUCAAGAACGUAUCACUAGGCAAUGUUCUCUCAGCGAAGGCACCCAACGAGAAAGUCCCCUUCAUUAAGGACAAGGAUUUGGACGUAUAUCAGAAGUACCGCGACCCAGCUUUCGAAGUACAAGUCGGUCUCCACGAGCUUCUCGGCCACGGCUGCGGCAAGCUGCUCCAAGAGACUGCGCCUGGUGUUUAUAAUUUCGACAUUAAAAACCCCCCAAUUUCGCCCAUCUCUGGUAAGCCCAUCACGACCUACUACAAGCCCGGCCAGACCUGGGGCUCUGUCUUUGGUUCCCUUGCCGCGUCUUAUGAAGAGUGCCGCGCCGAGUGCGUUGCCAUGGCCCUCGGCUGCGAUUUCUCCAUUCUCCAACUCUUCGGCUUUGGUGAUGGCAAAGAAGACAUCAACGGCGAGCCCGGCGACAUUCUCUAUGCAGCCUACCUCCAGAUGGCCCGCGCUGGUAUUGCUGCGCUCGAGUUCUGGGACCCCAAGUCUCGCAAAUGGGGCCAGGCGCACAGCCAAGCGCGCUUCACCAUCCUCCGCACGUUCCUCAACGCCGGCGUCGAGUUCUGUGAGCUCGAGUGGAAGGAGAACGAUCUGUCGGACCUCACCAUUCGCCUCGAGCGCGACCGCAUCCUUGACCUUGGCCGGAGCGCCGUCGAGGAGUAUCUGCAGAAGCUGCACAUCUACAAGAGCACUGCGGACUACGAAGCUGGAAAGAGGAUGUACGAGGAGCUCUCGAAUGUCGAGCCGUUCUACGAGAACAAGGUGCGCCCAGCGGUGCUGUCGAAGAAGCAACCGCGGAAGGUGUUUGUGCAGGCGAACACAGUGCUUGAGGGAGACAAGGCGGUGCUUAAGGAGUAUGACCCAAGCCCGUCGGGUAUGAUUCAGAGCUACGUGGAACGAGAAUAUUUGUGA